AUGCGUAAGGCAUGGGUGCACAUCACCAUACUAGGGUCGAUAACGCAGCGCAUAGUAUCGCUGAGCGCAGAGGGUGUCGAAGACAGAACCCAAGCUAGCCGGCUCAGAACUAUGCGCACACUCCACGUUUCGCUCAACUUGCUCGCCGCGCCGACGCCCUGGUUCAAGAGACAUGCCCUACGCCCGCGGACGAUGCGGGUCUCUCUUCCGCGGUCCCAAGAGCUCCCUCCGCCAAACCCGACUCCGCCCUCCGACAAUGACAACCCGACGCUCCUCGAAGAUAGACCCGAGUUGAAUGCAUCCCCUGCCUUGUCUGCCUUGAGACAAGAAAGUAAAAAAUGGCAAGACUCUCCCAAGGAAUUCUUCGCAGCUGUACCAGAUAGUGUAACCAAGUACGACCGCAAGAGCCCGGUGGACUUCAUACGAGGGACGAUCGCGUUCAGGAUUAGAGCUGGAGAGUUCUUUCGGUGUCGAAAGACAUGGGGACACCGUGGACGAAGAGCCUUUAGGGCUCACGUGGCCCGUUGCAAAACAGCGUUAUCCUCGAUUGACCACGCCAGGUGGCUGGAGUUCGGGAGGACUACGGACAUGAUUCUUCGAAGACAUGCCGCCGGUACCAUCGUGGCGAGCUGCCUGCUUGAUGCGCCAGAAGCCAAACAAUAUGCGGAAGAAUUUGCAGCCCUUGAAAAGGCGUUGUGGGACUACAUCGUCAAAGACUAUAGCUGUCUGAAAAAUAAGAUUCGCACGCACCGCUCGCACCGCACUACAGGCCGUCCCCGCCCUCAUGGGGCCCAUCACAACCAUUCAUGCAAUACUUUACUCUCUGAUGAGCCACAUCAAGUUGUCUUCGACAGCUUGGCCAAAGCCCUUCCGCCCCAGAAUACAGAUCGAAGCGAUCCCGUCGACGGGCAGUCGGCCUUGGUCGAUCAACGGCAACCUCCUUGUGCGAUAGCCCAGUCAUAUGAGCAUGCCAGGAUGCUUUACAGCACUCCAAUAUCUCAACAAUCGCCAACCCAACAGUCACAACAAUGUCUAUCGUCCUCCGUUCACAACCCCACCACUCCUCACUUUUACAGUGGAAGCACAGCGGAAAUGUCAUCGCAUCCGGCAUGCAUAUCGCAGCUCUGGCCCUCGACCAACACGAUCCCGACGGCUCCAGAAUGUAUCGGUCAUCUGCCUCAACAGGACUUCGCCACACAAGCCGUGACGAGCACUCCGCUUCCUGCGUUCGAUAUCUGCCUGGCGGGUUCCCAGCACUGCUCGAUGGGCUCUUUGCCUACACAUCCGCACAGGAUGCAGACUCCUCUGGCGGAACAGAUCACCGCGAGUCCUUACAUGGCUGGGUACGAACAAUACCAGUCUCAGGCAUCGUUGUCGACGUUCGGCAGACCUGUCCACGAUCCCUCCCACCUCAGGAUGAAUCUUCAAGGGCAGUUUGUUGCAGAGGUCCCGUGGGAAUGCGUUGAGAAUCAAGAUUUUCAAGGGUCCAGGAUUCGGCACCGGCAGCGCACUGUCUAA